UUCAAACUCCGUCUUCAACAAUAAAUCACACAAUCACACACUCUGCGCAAUACAAUAACGCAAUGGACCUUGAACAAUCCAUCCUCAAUCAAACCGACGUCUCCGUUUUACUGGCGAACCGCGUCAUCUCCGGCCACGCCAAAGACGCCAACCUUGUAUUCUCUCCGCUCUCGAUCCACGUCGUCUUGGGCCUGAUCGCGGCCGGGUCGGACGGCCCGACCCGGGUCCAGCUCCUUAGUUUCCUCAAAACCAAGUCCACCGAGGAACUCAACUCGCUCUCCUCGCAGCUCGUGUCCUUGGUGUUAGCCGACGCCAGCCCCCUCGGUGGGCCCCUUCUCUCAUUCGCCAACGGCGUCUGGGUCGAUCGCAGCCUUACCUUCAAGCCCGCUUUCAAGGAUAUUGUCGACAACUCUUAUAAGGCUGCUUCCGAUCAUGUUGAUUUUCAGAAUCAGGCUGUUGAAGUAACAAAACAAGUGAAUGCAUGGGCUGACAAGGAAACAAAUGGCCUAAUCAAGGAAGUACUUCCAACUGGUUCUGUUGAUGCCUCUACCAGGCUUAUCCUGGCAAAUGCAGUGUAUUUCAAAGGAGCCUGGAAUGAAAAGUUCGAUGCAUCUGAAACAAAAGAUCAUGACUUUUUCCUCUUAAAUGGAAGCUCAGUUAAAGCGCCCUUCAUGACCAGCAAAAAGAAGCAAUAUGUUCGUGCUUUUGAUGGCUUCAAAGUUUUGGGGCUGCCAUACAAACAAGGUGAAGACAAGCGUAAGUUCUCAAUGUACAUCUUUCUCCCCGAAGCCAAAGAUGGUCUGCCAGCUUUGAUAGAGAAGUUCAGCUCGCAAUCUGGAUUCAUUGAACAACACCUCCCACAUCAACAAGUUAAAGUUGGUGAUUUCUUGAUUCCGAAGUUCAAAAUAGCUUUUGAUUUUGAGGCUUCUGAAGUUCUCAAGGGGCUGGGGUUGGUGCUUCCUUUUACUGGGGGUGGUCUCACUGAGAUGGUAGACUCUAGUACGGGCAAGGAUCUCUAUGUUUCGAACAUUUUCCACAAGUCGUUUAUCGAGGUGAAUGAGGAAGGAACGGAAGCUGCAGCGGCGACUGCUGUUGUAAUUAGACUCAGGGCUUUGAUGGUAGAGGAUAAACUGGAUUUUGUGGCUGAUCACCCAUUUCUGUUCGUAUUAAGGGAAAAUAUGACGGGAGUGGUGCUGUUCAUCGGUCAGGUACUUAAUCCACUUGCUGAUUGACGUAAAACGACCACAUCGAAAAUACGACUUAUUGUGCAUUCGGCAUAAUAUAGUAAAUGUCGUUGGGCUAUUCAAUCUUUGGCUUCUAUGUUCUCAUUAUAGAUGCUCGAGUGUAUCCUUUUGAAUUUGUGUAUGUAGGGUUCAAGUAUAAAGCUUUCUUUGUUGUAA